AAUUCAUGAGCACGUGCUACAGCCACCUGACUUCUUACUGUCUCCCAGUUACAGAGGAAAAGUAUAAAUGACUGAUGCCUCACAGUGCAGUUCAUUUGAAUUACACACUUGAAUGUGAGAUGAGUUUGAUUUCAUUAACUUUUAUCCAACAAUUAAAAUAUGUUCUCUUUCAUUAUACAUUCUGCUAUUUUCUCUUUUUGAAUGUAAGGAAACAGAUAUUUGUCAUGGGCCUAGAGGAGAAAGCUGCUGCCAUGUUUAACGCCACAUUUGUUCGUCCAGCAAAAUUCUACAUGAGUGGGUUUACCAACGUCCCUAAUGCUAAGUAUUACUAUGUGUUCCUAUGCUUUGUUUAUAUCGUGACUGUUCUUGGGAAUGGCCUCCUUCUCACAGUUAUUUACCUGGUCAAGACUCUUCAUACUCCUAAAUACAUGAUUGUGUUUAACCUGGCUCUCACAGAUUUGUGUGGGAGCACUGCUCUUAUCCCAAAACUGUUAGACGCAUUUUUGUUCAACAGGAGAUACAUUGGCUACGAGGCUUGCUUAAGUUACAUGUUCUUUGUUUUUUUCUUUGGAGGUAUUCAGUCAUGGACACUUGUUACAAUGUCAUAUGACAGAUUUAUAGCAAUUUGCUUCCCUUUAAAAUAUCACAGUAUUGUGACAAAACCAGCAAUUGCAGCAAUGCUGCUGUUCACAUGGUUUUUUUUGAUGAGUCUAGUAGCAUAUAUUGUUUCCCUUAUUGAUCGCCUCUCCUUCUGUGGCUCUUUGGUGAUAUACAGCUUUUUCUGUGAUCAUGCCCCUGUAUAUCGCCUGGCCUGUAAUGACACGUCUUUAAACAACAUAAUGGCAUAUGUUGUUUUUAUUGCAGUCCUCUGUGUUCCUCUUAUAUUGAUAGCACUGACAUAUGCCUGCAUUUCCAUAGCACUGAGCAGGAUCGCAUCAGGAAAGAAACGACUCAAAGCACUGAAAACUUGUACUUCUCAUCUGAUUCUUGUGGCUAUUUUCUUUCUACCAAUUAUAGGAACCAAUAUAGCAGCAGUGUCCUCCUACAUCCACCCCAAUGCCAGGAUCAUAAAUUCCUCUUUGACACAAACCUUACCAGCUUUACUCAAUCCUAUUAUAUAUUCUUUAAAGACAGACGAAGUGCUUAACUCUAUCAGGAAGCUUCUCAGAAGACACAGAAUUAGCGACCCAACCACAAAAUAA